AUGACAGUGUUGGCUGAGCCAGCCCCCAGCGCCCCCGCAGAGAACACGUGUGGCGGGACGUUGAGAGGGCCCAGUGGGAUCAUCUCCAGCCCUGAAUUCCUCAGUGACCUGUCCAACGCUGGGGAAUGUAAGUGGACGGUGCUGGCUGACCCCGGAGACACCAUCUCACUGGUGUUCACUGACUUCCAGAUAGAGGACAAACACGGCUCUCUGGAGAUAGAAGGAUCAGAGCCGCCCAGUAUCUGGUUAUCUGGUGUGAAUAUACCAGCGCCCGUCAUCAGCAACAAGAACUGGCUAAGACUCCAUUUUGUGACCGAUAGGAGUCAUCUAAAUAAAGGAUUCACACUUCAGUAUCAAGUGAAAAGCUCUGGUGAGCAGAAAUCCAGAGGAGUAAAGUUACUACCGGGAAAGGACAACAAUAACAAAUGGUCUCUGAUGAACGAAGGAGGAAUUAAACAACUGUCCAAUUAUUGCCCGGAUCCGGGGGAACCUGAGAACGGCAAACGCCGAGGCUCUGACUUCAG